AGCGGGCCCGGCGCGGGCGGCCGUGGCCGAGGCCUCGUGGGCAGCCCGCAGCCUGCGCGCAGGGGCCGCCCCGGCGCUGCCGCGGGCCCCGCCAGGGAGGCGCUGGAGCUGAAGGAUAUCUUCAUCGCGGUGAAGACCACGAGGAAGUACCACAAGAGCCGGCUGGACUUGCUCCUCCAAACCUGGAUCUCCCAGGCGCGGGGACAGACAUUUAUAUUCACAGACUGGGAGGAUCAGGAGCUACGCCUGAAAGCAGGGGAUCAUAUGAUCAACACCAACUGUUCUGCUGUCCAUACUCGGCAAGCCCUCUGCUGCAAGAUGUCUGUGGAAUAUGAUAAAUUCCUGGAAUCUGGGCAAAAAUGGUUUUGCCAUGUGGACGAUGACAACUAUGUGAACCCUCGGACUCUCCUGCAUCUCCUGUCUGCCUUCUCACACAGCCAGGAUGUCUAUGUGGGGCGACCGAGUCUAGACCAUCCCAUCGAAGCAGCUGAUCAUGUCCAAAGUGAUGGAUCAAAGACAACCGUGAAAUUCUGGUUUGCCACAGGUGGAGCAGGGUUCUGUAUCAGCAGAGGUCUUGCCUUGAAGAUGAGUCCCUGGGCCAGCCUGGGCAACUUCAUCAGUACUGCGGAAAGGGUGCGUCUUCCUGACGACUGCACCAUUGGCUACAUCAUUGAAGGGCUGCUGGAGGUAAAGCUGCUGCACAGCCCGUUGUUCCAUUCCCACCUGGAAAAUCUGCAGAGACUACAAGGCGAGUCUGUGUUGCAGCAGGUAACCUUGAGUUACGGGGACCCUGAGAACAAACACAAUGUUGUGAGUGUGGGAGGAGUGUUUGGCCUUCAGCAAGAUCCAACCCGGUUUAAAUCUGUCCAUUGUCUGCUUUAUCCUGACACUAUUUGGUGCCCUGCUAAGAAGAUGUCAUAAUUCUUGACCAGCCACUGACACCUGUAUAUUACCUAGUUUGCAGGAGUUGUGGUGGACUUUUUUGGUGGUUUUAUUCUUCUUCUGGGAGACAACCAGUGUUAUCUACAAAGAAGAUAGACAGACUAUUUAGAAAAGCAAUAAGGUGUGGUUUGUUCAGCUGCAGUGUGGAACAUUCCAGGAAGAAUCUUUGUUCUUUUGUCCAGUGGUUUUUCAUAAGAUGACCACAGUGCUGUGUGUACAAGUCACUUUACACUUUCUUCUGAUGUCAUGUGAACCUGUGCUUGGGCACAUCUGAGGCAAAUUAGAAGCCAUUGUCUUGAAGCUGGAGUGCUAGAGCAGUCUGUAGUCCCCAUGGUGACAAGAGAGGGGAAUUUUUCACUCAUCUUUUUUGGGAACAGAAUUAUUUAAGAGCUUCUUUGGCCUGCUAGAUUAAAACUCCACCCGUGGGCAGAAGAGGGUCUGUUCUUAGAUGCAGAAAUCCUGGAAUCACUAAGGUAAACAAGGCUGAAAGCCCUUGUAAUGAGAAAACUCUUUGUAAGGGUGAGCUUACUCAGGACUGGAUAAGAGUUGCUUACAGUGCACAUCCUCCCCUGUUGUCCAUGUGUACCUCCUGUGGAGGUGAUUGUCAGACCUGGCUCGCCUGCCAACUGAACUGCAGUGGCUGAUGAUUAUGAUGGUGGUCUGCCAGGUCCGAGACUAUUCCCUUGAUGUUUGAUACUGAAGAAAUAUUUGCCAGACAAGAUGGUAAUCGUUUCUGCCACAUUGCCUGUAGUUGGUCGCAUGAGCUGGCACAACUUGGGCUGCCAAAACAUGCCCUGUUUCUGAAGCUGUCUGAGAGAGGAGAAAUGCUAGAUAGCUGCAAUGUGCUGAGGAAGGUCUUGAUGGUGUCAUUUGAGGACCUUUAAUUGUAUGACCAUGGUUAAUCCAGCUGCUUCAGAUAAUCUUCCAAUUAACAUAAGGUCAAGAUCAGUGCUUAUUUUUAUUCCUUAAUGUUUUGAUAAAUAGUUCAUCCAGUCACUUAAAGCAGCACAUUAUGAAUGUGCUCAUUCACACAGAGGCAGAAGUUCAGUGCUGUAGCAGUAUCAUCUGCUGCUGCUUUCUAAAGAAAGUAAACAGUUUUGAAAGUGCAAGGAACAGGGCUCCAUAUGUUUACUUUCCUGUUAGCCCAGACUUUGGCCAUGUGCAAUCCCCACCUGACCUGAAGAACAGCAUGAAAAAUGACUUUGCAAAAUCACUGUUCAUUCUUUCAAACUCUUAAAAAAAUACUUGCUGGUUUAGUGCUAGAAUCUAAGGCUGAAUUAAGGGGAGAAUAAUGGAAUUACAGUGUAUGAUCUGGAACUAUGAUUGCUGGUUAGAAUGCAGACCUAGCAGAAGUUUCAGAUUUCUAAACAGCUGUGCUCAGCUGUACCGUGGGCUUCAGCUAGUUACUGAACUUCCUGGCAAAUGCCUGCAGUGUGUUCUAUGAUGCCAUUUAGCAAAGGUGUCAGCCUUCUGAAAUAUACUGUUUCUUGCAUUCUGCUUUUUAACACAAAACUUUUGGCUUUUACCUCAGUACUUUGUCCUCUUUGCAUGUUCUACUCAGUUCUACUGAGGAGGAAACAAGCUGAUUUCUGUUACAGUCCUGUAGUUCCUUCUUAUAUUUUUCCUUUCUCUCAUAUGUCCUAAGGUGACUAUGAGGUAUGGGAAUAAGAAUGCUGCAGGGAAUUGGCUCAAAAUCCAGUCAGCACAGUGACUGUUCCAUAAUGGGCUGUCAGUGUUACAGGUGUGCCUGGCACAGAAAACAGAGGACUUGAGGAACAGUAGGUUCUGCCUCCUUAUUAGAUCUUCUGCUGACUGGAACUGAGGCACCCUGUGGUUUAAUGAUUGGUCAUUAAAAGCUGUGGAGAUUCUUGGUAUCUAUAUAAUUUUUUUAAAACACUUGUUAGGUUCUUGUUUUUAACCUCCUGUAGCAGAAAAAUGAAACUUCAUGAGCUCUUGAGGCUAUUUUGUCUUCAGGCACUGAUUCUGAACUCUUCUGUUGGAGCUUUUCUUCCCCUUCCACUGGAAGCAGCCUCUUGUAAGGUAACACAGGCAGCAUGGACUGGGUGGCAGUUGUACAGCAAACUGCAGUUAAAAAAUUACACCUCAUAUUGAUGGCAGCAAAACUAAGUAGAAGUUUCACAUUGUGGUCACUGGUCAACCUAAAAUAGGUGUGCCAAAGAGGCGGUGCCCUCAAAGUGGGGAGGGUGUUUAUGGAACUUAAAAAGGACCAUGUUCUCCUGCAAGGCAGUAGGGAACUGUUCGGUGUGUUCAGGCUCCUUCUGUGGUUUCUUGUCUUGAGAAUACAGUAAGCUGUGUGGAUCUAUCAGGAUGCAGCUUUUUAAUAAAACUGCUUUUUCAUACAUAAAGUGAUUCUACAAAAUAAAUAUUUAAAUAUGUCAAA